AUGCGCAGGGCGAACCGCAAGCUGAAGACGAAGGAGAAGAAAGAAUGGAACCCGGCCACCUAUUUUAUCGUCAUGUUUCUCUUUAUCGGAUCAAUGUCUAUCCAAAUGAUUGCGCUGCGAAACCAGACAGAUCGAUACAUGCGACAGUCGUCACUACGGAUUGCCCAGCUUCGAGAAGUGGUCCAGCGCAUACAGAACGGAGAGGAUGUUGAUGUAGAAAGGAUUCUGGGUACCGGUGAUCCCCAGAAAGAGACAGAAUGGGAAGAGGUGUUGCAAGCAAUUGAGCG